AUGGCAAGUGUGCUACUUGCUAACUCAGGUGCUUGGCUGGUGGCUCUUGUGUUUGGGCUUGUUUUAUUCGCUCUCGUGUUGCUUGUCGUCGUCUACUACUGCAAGGCUCGUGCGUUGACAACCCAUGCAUCAAUCACACAGACAGAACAUGCAGCUGAAGCAAGAGGGGAGUUAAUGAAAGAAGGUUUUCUCUAUGUUGAGGGGCUACAAGGAAAAAUGGAGACAAGAUGUUUGAUUCAAGUUGAGACAGACAGAAUAUGGAUCAGACAUGACACCAACAGUGUUCCGCACAACGAAAUACUUGAAAAGCCGAACGUCCGUGUCAAAAACGGGAACGGUUGUGAAUUCUUGCUGGUGUGUGGUGAAACAAAAUACAUCCUGCGAGCUCAAAGUAUUGAAGAGAAGACGGAAUGGAUGAUUGCGUUGCAGAGAAACUACCAAUUCGCUGAGACAGACUCGAUUUCUAGCCAAGAAUCUGUCUUUCUUCCUCCGCCUUAUUCUCGCAGGCAAUUCACGCAUCAAAAAUCCCCGGAGCUCACACCUGUUCAAUUGGGGGUGAACUCGCUGCUUGUAGGCAAUAAGUCAGCAACUAUCAAGCGUGUCGCUGUCGUUCGAAACUUCAACGUUGAUGGAAUGAUGACACACCAUCAUCUGGCUGGCAUCGGGAUUAAAUUCACGUACUUGCCCUCUCGCAAGCUUUACGAAAUCGUUGAUGUCGAUAGAAGAGGCCCUGCUUCUGUUGGAGGGAAGUUGAGGACAGGAGAUGUGCUGUUCUCUGUCGACGACAAGCUCAUCAAAGAGAAACUUCCGCAUGAAAUCACCGCUUUAAUUGUGGGACAGCGAGGCAGCAUAGUCGUUCUCGGAGUCUCUCGGCAACCACCUGUGGAGAUAGACGUAUGGGAGCAGGAGCUGAGGUCGAAGGCGGGGCGAGUCUACGACAAGGGAGUGGAACUUCUUCACGCCCACCACUACCAAGAGGCGACGACUGAGUUUCGACGUGCCGAGGAGAUCUGGGAGAAUGACUGUGACAACUCGCUCGCUGCGAGUGUUGCGUAUAGGCAUCGGGUCUCUGCUAUGAGAAAGACAAGCGAGCAGCGAGAUGAAGUGAAAGAAGCGUAUGAGCAGGUUCUUUUGCCCAUCAUCAUGCUGGGAAUACAGACCAACGAAAUGAUCAGAGUGAGUUGUCGACGCGACUCGGAGUGCCGUGGGACCAUACCAUCCGCGAACCUGCAUCCGAAGUUUCUUCUCCAAAUGAAACUCCGGUCUCCGAGUCUUCCACCGUUGAAACCCGUUACAGUCUUGAGUCAAACUCCGACUGGAGUAAAAGUCACCACCAAAGGCUUCGCGACCUCCUCCCCUCAGGUUCAGCAUCAGGGAGACAACAGAUUGGACGAGCAUGAAAUUGAGCGAACGCAAAGCGGCGAGUGGGGUACCUUCAGCUCCAAGCAGCCGUACGCCAUGAAGGCAGCAGAAGGAGGUUUCUACGGAUCUCAGAGCCUUAGUCUGGCGGACACUUUGGAUCAGCAGGUGGCUAAGAGAGGUCAAGGUCAACAAGCCUCCUUGCCUCAUCAUGCUCGCCCUCUCGCGUCAGGCGUAGAAGAGGCAUAUUCUCCGUAUACAGAAGAAUCAUUCCAUCGUAGCUACAGCCAUCGAACCAGCUUUCAGGGGCCAAAGCUGAGCAUUCUUUCGAUCAAGACGCUAUCAGGCAACCGGGAGCUGCGAGAGCAGAUUUACAGCAAGCUGCACGAGAAGUCAAAGGGAGAACUUCACAAUACAGAAACUUUGAGCGAGCAGGUGGAUGAAUAUCUGCGAGAGCAGACCGGGCGACGGCAUGAGGGCGAGGAAGACGAGCUUGCGUUCAUGAUCCGUGAGAAAGACAUGCAAGACUACAAUCAGACGGGCGUCAGCUGGAAAAAGUUGGAUGAGGCUGCUCUUCGGGGUAGGAAGGAAAUGUUUGCUCAUGGAUUCGUGCGAGCAAUGAAGAAUCGCUACGAUGCAGCAGGGGAGGAAGUCAGCGAGUGCGUGUGGUGCGGCAAGACAUUCAAGUCGCUGCGUCAGCGUCGCAUCCAUGAUCUCAAGUGCAAGAAAAGGAGCGAAAGCAAGACUGCCUCGCGAGUCGUCAGCCCUUCGCUUCUCCGAUUAGGGAGCAAGAAGAAGCUCCUGCCCAACGUGGACGAGACUUUAUUCACCAAGAAGAAAAUAUCUGAAGCUUGCCCGCUGCGUGCAUAA